AUGCAGAGUAGUCAGUCAAAUGAAUUGGCCGUCUAUGUAUUGAGGCGAGGUCAAUUAAAGGCGCAGCUGACAAAAUUCCAAACAUAUAUCAAUAAUGUAGAUGUGGAUAACAAUAUCAUGCAGAUAAAGAUACGUCUAGAGAAAAUAAAAGAACUUUGGACUGAGUUUGAUGUAGUUCAGAAUAAUAUCGAGGCAAUAGAUAUCAGUAAUGAGCAAUUGGACUACAGAGAUACGUUUGUAAAUUUAUAUUUUGAUAUAGUUGCAAAAGCAGAGACUAUGGUACAAGGUUCAAAUGUAGGUAAUGGCAUAAACAGGUUGAGUAUACCGGGCAAUCUUGCGCUAGGAGGUGACCCGGCGAUAAAAAUUAAGCCGUUAGAAUUACCGUCGUUUUCGGGAAAAUUUGAAGAGUGGUCCACAUUUAAAGAUUUAUUUUUGACCAUGGUACAUUUAAAUUCAACUAUAGCAGGUGUACAAAAAUUUGUAUAUUUAAGAAUGUAUUUGCAUGGGGACGCAUUGGCUCUGAUACAAAAUUUAGCGACCACAGGUGACAAUUACUCGAUUGCAUGGAACACUGUCGUAGAACGAUAUGACAAUAAGCGUAUUCUCAUACAAUCUUAUACGAGAAAUAUAUAUGAAUUAGAACCUAUGCAAAAGGAGUCGAGUGUGUGUUUAAGGAAGUUUACUGCUGAUUUAAACCAGAAUAUGCAAGCUUUAAAGGCGUUAGGCCACGAUCCAGAUGCCUGGGGUGCGUUACUAUUGCAUGUGAUUCUAGUUAAAUUAGAUUAUAAUACCAUACGUAAUUGGGAAUCUGUGGCGACCAAAGAUAUAUUACCCUCUAUAUCGGAGUUGACAACAUUUUUAAAUGAACGGUGUAAAAUAUUAGAGGCGAUUGAUACCUCAAAAAAUUUAUCGAAUAAAUUAAAUACGUCGCAUUAUACGCAGUCUAAGCAAAAUUAUCGCAAUCCAAAUGAUAAAAACGUCCAAUUUAAAAAUAAUAAAAAAGUAAAUGCAUUUGUUGCUACCAAUCGUUUAGCAUGUUAUUUAUGCAAACAGUCACAUCCUAUUUACAAGUGUCAAAAAUUUAUCGCGCUCAAUGCGAAUGAAAGAGCACUAAAGGUUGAUGAACUAAACCUAUGUCGCAAUUGCCUGAGUACGGGCCACACGGAUGUACAGGUGUGCAGGUCGAAAAGGGUAUGCUCCAAAUGUGAUAAAGCGCAUAAUACGUUGCUGCAUGGUGAUGUACCACAAGUUGUACAAAAUCCGUCUACGUCAAAUGUGUCUAAUUCGGAAGUGGUGGUGAGUCACGCCGCCCGUGGUCAAACGCGCGCACAAGUACUAUUAGCGACUGCAGAGGUACAUAUUAUAUUAAAUGCAUGCGGCGAACUAGUUGUAUGCAGGGCAUUACUAGAUAACGGCUCACAGAUAAAUAUUUUGACCGAAGCAAUGGCACAGCGAUUAGGUCUUGCAAGAACAAAAAUAAAUAAAUCAAUAACAGGUAUAAAUGAGGUAAUGAGUCAUGCCGCGUAUCAGGUAACCGCGUCUAUUAGGUCACGUAUAAAUAAUUAUUCUGCCACCUUAGACAUGCUGGUAUUGCCAAAAAUUACCGGAAAACUGCCGACCAACAAUAUCGAUACUAACAAAUGGUCUAUACCCACGGAUAUUAUGUUGGCAGAUUCUAGGUGUUUUAAGCCGGAAAAAAUUGAUUUAUUGAUUGGUGCCGACACCUAUUGGGAAAUAAUGUGCUCGGGAAAUUUCAAACUGCACACAAUGGGUCCGUACUUGCAGCAAACAAUGUUCGGCUGGAUUAUUGUAGGACCAGAUAUUGAAGAAUUUUGGAAAAUCGAAGAAUUUUCCAAUGCAAAUAUGGACGAAACGUCGGAAGAUAGUAUUUGUAGAAAACAUUUUGAAGAUCAUGUAUCAGUAGAUUCCACGGGAAAAUUUGUAGUAAAAUUGCCGUUUCGAGAUAAUGUAGACAUGUUAGGCGAGUCAUAUAACAUAGCGUUAAAAAGAUUUUUAUCGUUAGAGCGUCGUCUCGGGAAAAAUCCCGCGCGAUAUAGUCAAUAUAAAGGGUUCAUGGAAGAAUAUGAGCAUUUGGGACAUAUGGAGAAAGUUAAUGAGAACAAUGACCUAUCAGUGAAAACGUAUUACAUGCCACACUCUUACGUUCUUAAUGAUAGUAGCCGAUCAACUAAAUUACGAGUGGUAUUUGACGGCUCAUGCAAAUCAGAAUCUGGAUUAUCGCUAAACGAUGUAUUGUUAAAAGGUCCUAUAUUACAAGAUGACCUCACAUUAAUUGUUACGAGAUUUCGUACACAUAAAUAUGCAUUUUCAGCUGAUAUUAAAAAAAUGUAUAGGCAGGUAUGGGUUGAUAAUGAAGAUAGAGAUUAUCAGCGCAUAUUGUGGCGCAGUGAUCCUAAUGAGCCUAUUAAGAAAUAUAGAUUGUGUACAGUAACUUACGGAACGGUACCUGCAAGUUUCUUAUCGGUUGCGUGUCUUCAUAAAUCAGCGGAUGUAAAUAAAAUACGGCCGGAGAUAGCUCAGAUAAUAAAGCAUGAUUUUUGUGUUGACGAUUGUUUAACGGGCGCCUCAACAUUAUCGGAGGCUUUAAAUUUGCGUAAUGAAUUAAUUAAAUGUUUAAGUAACAAUGGAUUUGAAUUAAGCAAGUGGACAGCUAAUCAUGCCGAUUUAUUAAAAUAUAUACCAAUUCCUAAUGAAAACUCACUAUACUCGUUAAAUAUGGAAACUGAAGCAAUAAAAACAUUAGGUUUGUAUUGGGAUUCAAACUCGGAUAGUUUCAUUUAUAAAGUGUCGUUACCAAUACCUGAACAUAAGAUAACCAAACGAAGUAUUUUAUCUAAUAUAGCACGUCUAUUCGACCCGCUCGGAUUGCUCGGACCGGUUAUCGUGGUAGCUAAAAUAUUAAUGCAACAAUUAUGGAAAUUAAAAAUAAAUUGGGAUGAUGAAUUAUCAACAGAAAUUCAAAUAAAAUGGAAAAAAUAUUUAAAGGAUUUAAAUCAAUGCAAUAAUCUAAGUGUCCCGCGCUGGUUGCAGUGUGACGACACAGAAAAAAUAUAUAUACACGGAUUUGCCGAUGCAUCGUGCAAAGCGUACGGGGCUUGUUUAUAUGUAGUAUGCACGCGCGCGGACGGUAGUCGCCACUCACAACUAAUAUGCGCAAAAUCAAGAAUUGCGCCGAUUAGUAUAAUAACAAUACCGCGAUUAGAGUUAUGCGCUGCCUUACUAUUAUCAAAAUUAAUAAAAAAAAUAGUUCCAGCGUUACGAAUUAAUGUUACGAAUAUUUAUUGCUGGAGUGAUUCUAAGGUGGUACUAGCGUGGAUCGCAUCGGAUGCAAUGCGUUGGAAACCGUUCGUUGCAAAUCGUGUGAGUAAGGUUCAUUAUUUAACAUCACAGUAUUCAUGGUCGUAUAUUAAUACGAAGGAGAACCCGGCUGACAUUUUAUCCAGGGGAUGUGAUGUUCAAGAUAUACAAAAAUGUACAUUGUGGUGGAACGGACCAGCAUGGUUGACGGACGAGCACGCGAGAUGUGAAGAACUCUAUCAAGUACACGAAGAUGAGGAGACACUAUGUGAAGAGCGAAAGCAGUCGAACACAGUAGUAAUGGUCGCUGAAGUAAAGGCAAAUUAUUUUAUACAACUGUGUGAAAAAUAUUCAAAAUUAAAUCGGUUUCAGCGUGUUUUUGCCUAUACAUUGAGGUAUGUGCAUAAUAUUUCAAGUAAAUUAAGAGCAAAAGAAAGAUACUCGGGUCCACUCAGCAAUGACGAGAUCCAAAAAUCGGUAAAAAUAUUUAUUAGGCUCUUACAAAAUCAAUUUUUUGGGGAAGCGCUUCAAAAUAAAAAAUUGCAGUCAUUAAAUCCUUUCUUCGACAACGACAGUAUAUUGCGUGUGGGUGGCCGACUUGGAAACGCGACAGAUUUAACUUAUGACCAACAGCAUCCUAUUAUCAUACCAUAUUCGUGUCAUUUUGAUACACUAAUUUUUAGAAACGAGCACGAAAUGUCAUUACAUGCUGGGCCCCAAGCAAUGUUGGCAAAUGUACGACUAACAUAUUGGCCGAUAAACGGUCGUCGAACCGCUCGAAAAGUCGCCCAUAAAUGUAUUGCGUGUUUUAAAAACAAACCUAAUAUUGUAGAACCAAUUAUGGGUGUUCUACCAAAACCAAGAGUGAACCGACCGCUAAGAUGUUUUGAAACUACGGGUGUUGAUUAUGCGGGACCAAUAUUAAUGAAGUCGCACGCACGUAGAAACGCACAGCUACAGAAGGCAUAUAUAUGCAUUUUUUUAUGUUUUGCAAGUAAGGCUGUACACAUAGAGCUAGUAUGUGAUCUCAGCACAGAUGCCUUUAUAGCUGCCUUGCACCGGUUUAUAUCAAGAAGAGGUAAAUGCCAUACCAUAUAUUCCGAUAAUGGUACUAAUUUCGUGGGCGCUAACAAAAAGUUAAGUGAUUUGUCCACACUUCUUUUUUCCGAACAGCACAAAAUUCGCGUUCAAGACAUGUUAACACUACACGAAAUUACGUGGAAGUUCAUACCGCCUCGGUCCCCCCAUUUUGGUGGUUUGUGGGAGGCUGCGGUCAAGGCCGUAAAAAAACACUUGAAUCGAACCAUUGCAAAUUCACGGUUAACUUAUGAUGAACUAUAUACGGUAUUAACACAAAUAGAAUGUUGCUUAAACUCCCGUCCUUUAAUUCCUUUAUCCGAGGACCAUACGGAUUUGAAUGUCCUUACUCCCGGCCACUUUCUAAUAGGUAGCUCACUACGCGCACUGCCUGGGCCUGAUGUGAGAGAUAUGUCUAUUAAUAGAUUGUCUCGAUGGCAAAGAGUGCAGCAACUUGUCCAACACGUUUGGGCACGAUGGAGCAAGGAAUAUUUGGGGCAACUACAAGGACGAAACAAGUGGUCCAAAUGCAGAGGACCAUCCAUUCAACCUGGGACGAUGGUGUUAAUAAAGGAGAAUAACUUACCUCCUUUAAAGUGGUCAUUAGGCAGAGUCACAAAUGUUCACCCAGGACCUGAUGGUGUCGUAAGGGUAGCUACGGUGCAUACGAAUUUGGGAUCCAAAAAGCGAGCUGUUCGGUUAUUAUGUCCAUUACCCAUAGACACAUGA